GAACCGGAACGGAUGCCGCCCUCGAGAUUGCGCUUUUUGUUCGUCAGCAGCCCCGGCGAGUACAAAGGAAGCAGCCUCGGGGACCUUGUAUGCAAAGUCUGCGCUGACAAAGCGGAUCCCACCACAGCGGCACCAAAGGGUGUGCGACUGGACACGGACCAUGAUCCUGCCGAUAACCGCGCUGCGGCUGGCGGUCGCUGCUGCCGUGGAGAACGUAACCACUCCGUUGCCGGGAGACUUCCCCGACGGCGACGUGAUCAUCUGGCGCCGAAGCGACGAGGGCGCCGAUAACUCGUCGUGGCUGCCACCCCCUCUUCCGCCGUCCUUUGUGCCGGACAAAGCGGACGGGAGCUUCUCACCGGACUACAACACGCGAAUAAGGCUGCCCCAGAACUCGACCGAUGUGCUCACCGUUGCGGAUAUCGCUGAAAUCGAGAGUAUGCUCGUGAGGCUGAACGAGACAACGAACGGCACGUCGUUGACCUGACAGCGAGAAGCCUGCUGAGCGCGUCCGACGCUCGAUCGACGACGAAGACAACGAAGAAGACGAUGACAAUUACAUCCCGUCGUCGAAAUCCCAAACGAGCCCAGAACUUUUUCCACAGCGUACGUCGGCUCCUGGCUACUCGGGAGACGCUCAAAUGAGGCCAGCGCCGCUGAUGGACGACGCAACUUCGGAUUUCUUCGGCAAGUUCCUCAGCGGCCUCAAGGCUGCAGAUCAUGUGGAGGAAACUCACUCCGUGCUAGCUGAGCCUGCGUUUGCCGCGACACCUAUGGAGAAGGACAAAGUUGACGAUGAGCAGGUGAGAGACCGUCGCCAGGCCACGCCCACUCCUCCAGUGACGUCGACAAACGACGACGUCGUGCCAACUUCAGUGGCCCCUCCAGAGCCAACCACCAUUGCACCUCUGGAACAAUCCACUCCUGCCGCUCCCGAGGCAACCACUAUUGCAUCUCUUGAAGUGACUACUCUCGCCGUUACUGAAGCAACCACCGCUGCAACUCCAGAAACAACAACUUUCUCUAUUCCCGAAGCAAGCAGUGAAAUCCCCCAGUUAACUUCUCUGGCUGCUGGGAAAGCUGAGGAGCAACCGCAAGAAAAAUCUCCGGGUCUGUCGACCACUCCGCCUGAAGUUGUACCAGAACAGCCAGUCGCGGAAUAUCCUUCGUACCCUAUCCCACCAAACGAUUUCUACUCGCAGGGCUUCUAUCCUCCAGGCUACUUUCCGCAGGGUUUCUACCCACAAUACCCGCAAAGUGGCUACCCCCAGUACCCUCAAAGGGCCUACCCGCAAUACCCGCAGUACCCUCAAGGCCCUUACCCCCAGUACCCGCAAGGCUUCUACCCCAACCCAAGUGGCAUCAUAGAUCCUGGUUUCGCACCAGACCCAAACCGUCAUCUUCUGCAGAAGGUUCGUGAAGAACAAAGGCGGAAACGCCUCGGACAACAACCAUGGCGCCCUCUCGCACAUGGUCCCUGGCAGGGCUACCCCGCUGGCUCUGGAAUCAUCGACCCGGGAUUCGCGCCACAGCCAAUUGACCCGCUACUGCAAAGAGCCCUUGAGGAACAGAGGCAGCAAAGGGGUGGAGAAGCACUCGGUGCUCAGCAAGGCAACCAAAUGUCUCCAGAACCACAGCUGAACAUUGUUUACGCAGAUGGUGGAGCCCAAGGUUAUCCUCCGAACGCGCCAUUCGGUGGCCAAGAAGUAGCAGCGCCGCAUGUGGAGGAUACUCUGAUUCAGCAGACGCAAGACCAAGCAAGUCAGCAGGAGCAACAACAAGAACAGCUGAGGCCAUCGGCUCCGCAAGUGGAAAACGAUAAUUUGUCAGAGGUCAUUACCACUCAGCAGCCUGCUGCUACAGCCGUGGCCGAGAGUAACCGGGAGUAGGAAGGGGUGCAUCAGAGGCGCCCAUGUGUUCAGCCUAAUUACAGUACCACAGCAGAUUUGGAGCCGUAUCAUACCCAAAUAAAGACUGUGUGUAU